AGGCUGGGCAAAUGGCCGGGUAUAAAACCGUUGAUCGGCGGCGAAGCCGGCAUCAGUCACGCUUAACUUCGUUCUCCUGUCAGACACACAAGCUGCCAACAUGAAGGUCGCGGUUGUUUUCCUCGUCUUGGUGGUCUGCGCCCUGGCAGACGAUAAGUACACUACCAAAUACGACAACAUCGACUUGGAUCAGAUCCUGAAGAGCGACCGUCUGCUGAACAACUAUGUAAACUGUCUACUUGAACAGGGGAGCUGCACGGCCGAUGGUAAAGAGCUUAAAAAGAACCUGCCCGACGCUUUGGCGACCGAUUGCAGCAAAUGCAGUGAGAAGCAGAAAGAGGCCACCGAGAAGGUCGUCCGGUUCCUGAUUAACAAGCGGCCACAAUUAUGGGAGAAACUGGCGAAGAAGUACGACCCUACCGGCGAGUACAAAGUGAAGUUCGAAGACGAGGCCACGAAACAUGGACUUAAUCUUUAAAUACAAGUUAUAAAACGUUCUUAAAGAAAUUACAUUCAGUACUUUAAGAUUAGAAGGUUCGAUAUUCACUGUUCCAAUUUGUACUCAACUGAACGAUUGCGAAAUAAACGUUGCAUCUGUGUAGAACCGUGUAUACGGCAGAGAA